AUGCUGCACGAGAUCCUCCUCUCGCUCUCUGGCCAGCCCUCCCCCCUCUUCGGUCAUACGCAAGGGAAAGAUGCGCUCGUUCAAGAUGAUCUAUCCCUUCUCGCACCUCCGGAGAAAGCCCUCCUCCGAUCUAUUGCCCAUCUAAGUCAACUGCACGCACAACUCCGGGCGCAUACCUCUCAAAUAUCUUCCGUGCAUCGAUCCGUGAUCUGUCGCUCGGUAUCCACCGCUAUAGUCACAAAUCACCUUGGCAGUUUUCAGAAAAAGAUCCUCGAGGUGGAGAAAGCAAUCCUCGCCGAGGACAGCGGAUAUGUUGGCGGGUACGGAAUCGUCCCGCUAUCCACCAUCGUGGGAGAAUUCGCGCCCUGGACACGGCGCAUGGAGUGGCUAUGGGAGAUCGUCAAAUUCAUACAGCCCGAGGAUAGACUCCAGGAUCCACGGUAUGGCUGUACGGGAGCGGCACUGAUCGAUCAUUUGCGCACCGAGUCCCAAACUGGAUAUCUGGAUAUCAAAGAGAUGGCUGUACAGCUAGCGACCGCGGCGGAAACGGCAUGGAUGAAGCAAUUGUCCAUGUGGCUUCUAUACGGAAAUCUGCCUAUAUACGGCAAGAAUGACUUCUUCAUUCAGGAAGAUUUCGAAUCCAAAGACGACGAUACACAACUCAGCAUGCACAUGGAAUUCCUCCCGAAGUUUGUAUCUGCGCAGACAGCAGGGUCAAUUCUCUUCAUUGGGAAAUCACUCAAUCAUGUCCGUGCAAAGAAGAAGACCUCGGGAGGGAUUUCUACUGCCCCGGUGACUCUUUACCAUGAACACAUUGAACAGCUUGCCGGGUUAAAGUCGCCAAUUUCAUCAACACAGCUUUCCACGGCUGUGGACUGGAUCCGCUUGUCAUUAUCACAGUCCACACUAUCGAAGCUGCUGCCUCUUCCUCGGAUUCUCGAAAUGCUUACGUUGCUACACGAUUUCCUUCUUUUAGGACGAGGCGAAUUUGCUGUGGCCCUAGUGUCCCAUGCAGACUCCCGCAUUGAGGAGAACCGACGUCGCGGCGUCCUCGCUCGGGCUCAGUCUGGAGGUCUUGCAGGACUCCUUAUCAAGGAAGGCGAUGUUAUGACAGCCCUGGCUCAGGCAUGGGCUGAGCUUUUCUCCCUACAAAAGGAAGAAGAUCCAGCGGACGAGGAGCUAGAUCUUGCGCGAGAGCUUCUUCGCUUGUCCAUCAGUGACAACAAAUCAAGCCGUCCGAUGACCCCAUCGCAGAGCUCGACUGCGAUUCCAGAAAUUUCAAGAGUGUCCUUUGAAGACGUUCUCUUCCCUACGCCCACAAGCCUGACAGCCCAGGUUCGCGCACCUCUGGACCUAUUCCUGUCGAGUUCCGAUAUUGCUGUCUACUCCAAGAUCCACUCUUAUCUGCUGAGCAUCCGACGUGCUCAAAUACGCCUCGGCGAUCUAUGGAAAAGAACGUCUCUUCGGAGAAACCAUCCUUCACCAUGGGGACCACCUCGAAGUAACAGUGCCUUUGGCCAGAAUAAGCUAAGAGAGGGCCGCGAGAGGGAUAAUACUCGCAUUCGACAAAUGCGUCCGAUCUGGGCUACUGCAAGUGCCUGUUUAUUCGUACUCUCAGAAAUUGGCAGCUUCUUCCAGGGAGAGGUUGUCCACGAGUCCUGGCAGCAUCUGCGCGAGUGGAUUGAAGGACCACCUCUUUCAACAAGCUCAGCGCCUGGCUCUCGCCCAGGAACUGCAUCCUCGGCGAAGCAGCAGCGCCAAUCCCGUGCUGCUUCUCCCGACCGCAUAUCUAGUCGGCCAUCUUCCAAAGCUGGCCCUCCAUCUAUGGGGCGACACGACCCCGAAGCAUUAACCGUUGCCCACCGCCGCCAUCUCUCCACUCUUGUCCAUUCUCUCUUCCUCACCGACGUACCAUUUACCAGCGUCCUCCGCACCCUUCUCACCAGCGUGGACCGCUUCGUGGCCCUUGUCAUUCGCCUCGAAACUAUUCAGCGCAACAUGGACCUGGAGACGGACGAAGGCGUCGUCGAUGCACUGGUCGACUACGCGCAAGAAGAGCGCGAAGUCUGGCAAGACCUACGCAGUACGCGUGACGACGUGAAUGUCGGCAUGAAAGACCUCGUUGUGAGUCUCCGCCAUAUUGAUGACCAUCGCUCCGGCGAGGGCCUAGGCCCGGCCACGCCGUUCGGCAUGGGCCAGGCCUGGCCGGGAACCCGUGCGGAGGUGAGCACAGGCCCAGGCUUCCACCAUUAUGUACCACGUCAACCGGCGGGUGUGGACCGACUAUUGAUGAAGCUGGACUUUGGGAGUCUCCGUGGUGCUACGAUUUCACCAGGUGUUGCGGAUUUGGAGUUUGGACGUAUGUGA